AUGCCCGCGCAGUCAUCCACGAAAGCGUCGCCUGCGCCUCAGGACAUGUCUGUUAUUCUUGUAACUGGCUCUUAUGAUCAUGAGAUCCGCUUCUGGGAAGCCUGGAGCGGUAUAUGUUCGAGGACGAUCGCACGUUCUGGAGAGACUGGCCAAGUAAACAGGCUGGCCAUUUCGCCCGAUAAACGAUACUUGGCCGCCGCAAUACACAAGAAAGUUAACAUCUAUGAGAUCGCGAGCUCCGCAUCUACCCCGGUGGUAACGUUCGAAGGCCACACGAACAAUAUUACGUCCGUGUCUUUCCACAGCCAGGGCAAAUGGCUUGUUACCGGUAGUGAAGAUAAGACGAUAAAGAUCUGGGAUCUACGGACGGGUCAUCUUCACCGAAAUUACAAUAACGAAGCCCCAGUUAACGAUGUCUGCGUACACCCUAAUCAAGGCGAGCUCAUAUCUUGCGAUCAAGCUGGCCGGAUCAAGCAGUGGGACCUAUCGGAGAACAUAUGCACCCACGAGUUGACUCCUGCUGGCGACGUUCCAAUUCGCUCUGUCACGCUCGCAAGCGAUGGCUCCUGUCUUGUCGCAGGAAACAACAAGGGUAAAUGUUAUGUGUGGAAGAUCAACGACGAGAGCACCGGCCAGCCACGCUUCCAGGCCGUCACGAAGUUCCAAGCGCAUAAUAAGUAUCUCACACGCUGCCUAUUAAGCCCGGAUGUAAAGUACCUCGCGACGUGCUCGGCGGACACGACGGUCAAAGUGUGGUCGAUCUCGCCACACUACGAGUUUAAACUGGAGAAGGUGCUGCAAGGACAUCAGCGAUGGGUUUGGGAUUGUGCUUUCAGCGCAGACUCGGCAUACUUGGUGACUGCCUCGUCCGACCACACUGCGCGCCUGUGGGAGAUGGCGUCGGGGUCGACUGUGCGGCAGUACAACGGUCAUCACAAAGCUGCGGUGUGUUGUGCGCUGCAUGACGGUGCAGGUUGA